AUGGCCAACUUUACACAGGCCUCUGAGUUUGUCCUCCUUGGCUUCAGAGGGGGCCCGGGGGUGCAGAAAGCAAUCUUUCUGGUCUUUUUGGUGCUGUACCUCCUGGCCGUGGUGGGGAACUUGGGCAUGAUCGUGCUUAUCAGGGCCGAUGUCCAUCUGCACACCCCCAUGUAUGACUUCCUCCAGAGCCUUUCCUUCCUGGACGUCUGCUAUUCUUCCACGAUUGCGCCCAGGGCCCUGGCGACCUGCCUGGAAGAGGACCACAGGGUGUCCUUUGCUGGGUGUGCUUCUCAGUUCUUCUUCUUGUCUCUCUUUGGCACCACCGAGGCCUUCCUCCUGGCUGCCAUGGCCUAUGACCGCUUCACUGCCAUCUGCAGCCCUCUCCUGUACUCGGUGAGCAUGACUCGCUGGGUCUGCAUCCUGCUGGUGUCAGGGUCCUAUGCAGGGGGUGUGGUGAAUGCUGUCACUCAAACCACCAUGACCUUCAGGCUGUCCUUCUGUGGGUUGAACGAGAUCAAUGACUUUUUCUGUGACGUCCCUCCACUCUUGUCCCUCUCUUGUUCAGACACCUUUGUGAACCAGUUGGUUCUUCUCGGCUUGUGUGGUUCCAUUAUCGUCAGCACCUUCUUGGUGGUGUUGGUCUCAUACACAUAUAUCAUCUCAACCAUCCUGAAGAUGCGUACCGUGCAGGGGCGCCAGAAAGCCUUCUCCACCUGCGCCUCCCACCUGACGGGAGUGUGCUUGUUUUUCGGUACUGUGUUCUUCAUGUAUGCACAACCCAGUGCUGUCUCCUCCAUGGAGCAGAGCAAAGUGGUGUCCGUCUUUUACACCGUGGUCAUCCCCAUGUUGAAUCCCCUCAUCUACAGCCUGAGGAACAAAGACGUCCAGCAGGCUCUGCAGAGGGGCAGGCAGAAGCUCCUCAUGGUCCUGUGA